AUGACCGACUACACUGGUGCAGAGGCUCCAGCUCCAGCUCCAGCAGCACCAGACGACUCUGCCUACCGGUCUUUUCACGAGUACAGAUGGGACCUAGACAAGGACUUCCUCGGAGGCCUCGUGCUCGCCCUGGGUGGCUAUCACGCCCUGGCACAGACCGCCUCGCAGGCAGACAUCGUCAUGCACUCGCGGAUAUUCUACUACGGCCGCAUCAGCGGUAUCACGAUCCCGUACGCAGGCUACAGGGACUGGCUACGCGCGAGCUACCAGGCCGGCCAGCACGCGCGCCUCUGGGAGUGGGACCUGCUGGAGGCGCUGUGCAACCACCGCGACAAGCUCAUGUCCGUCGACGCCGCGUCGCUGGCGGCGAGGCGGGAGGAGGCUGCCGCCGAGAAGGCGCGGUGGUCCCGCGGCCUGCUCGCUGCCGACCUGCCACCCCAGUCUCGGUCCGCAACCGCCUCUGGAAGUGAUCGAGAAGCUGUUGUUGGCGGCGCUGAUGAGUCCACGCCGUCGUGGAUGGCCGCUGCGCCGAAGAGCGAGCUGUACGUCGACCGCACACUGGCCGCUAACAAGGACGAUGACGACGACGACGAGUCCUCUCCAGCAUACCCGGAGCGGUUCGCCGCGAUCAUCAAGGCUGUGCAGACGGGCGAGCCGGUCGAGGGCAUUGUGGAGAUCCCCGACAUCGUGGCAAGGAAUCCGACCACUACUCCAUUUGGAUCCAUGGCCAGACCACUGAAGCCCUGGGAGAAGGCCCGGCCGGCUGCGGGCAGUGAGCCUCACGGUGAAGGAGAGCUCGGUCUCGUAACCCAGGUUGAUGAGAAAUUUCCCGACAAUGACGUCGAGACACCUGGAGGUCAGGCCUGA